AUGGACAGAUACAGAACGUUCCGGGCCUGGUUCUUGCCAGCCAUCUACUCCUUGAUCUGCCUGGUUGCUGUGGUGGGUAAUUUUCUCGUCAUUCUCACCUACAUCUACUUUAAGAGGCUGAAGACUAUGACAGACGUGUAUCUGCUCAGUCUGGCCAUAGCUGAUCUCCUCCUGGCUCUGUCGCUGCCUUUCUGGGCAGCCAGUAUAGUCUCCACCUGGAAGCUUGGGCUGUUUCCCUGCAGGGCCAUGUACACCAUCUACAAAGUCAGCUUUUUUAGCGGCAUGUUCCUUCUGACUUGCAUCAGCGUGGACCGCUACUAUUCUAUCGCCAAGGCCGUGACCGCGCACCGUUGCCGUGCCAACGCCGUUUACUACAGCAAAGUGUCCUCCUUGGUCGCUUGGAUGAUGGCCCUGCUUUUCUCCAUACCUGAAAUGGUGUACUCGAACAUCAACUCAAACGGGACCUGCGUCUCAUACGGCACAGUGUUUCAGAAGGAGAAGACCAUCAUGCAGGUGGUCCAGAUGGUCCUGGGGUUCGGUCUCCCUGCGGUAGUCAUGGGUUUCUGUUACUGCAGCAUCAUUCGAACCCUGGCCCAGGCGAGGAACUUUGAGAAGAACAAGGCUCUCAAGGUGAUCUUUGCCGUGGUAGCGGUCUUCACACUCAGUCAACUGCCUUACAAUUUGGUGCUGGGCUUGAGCACGAGAGAAAAUACGAACUGUGACUAUGAAAAUAAGCUUUUCUAUGCCGUGGACAUCACACAGGGUUUAGCCUUCGUCCGUUGUUGCGUUAACCCUUUCCUCUACGCCUUCAUUGGGGUGAAAUUCCGUAACGACCUGCUGAAGCUCAUGAAAGAGAUGGGCUGCCUUGGUCAGCAUCGUUUCCUGUAUGCUUCCUAUGGUAAGAGGAAGUCAUCUGCUGGUUUGGAUACAGAGACCACCACUUCAUUUUCUCCGUGA